UUGCUGCUGUCUCAGAUGGUGUGCAUGAUUUCUAUUGGGAAAUGCCCCCUCAGUGAUCCUCUUCCUAUUCUUCACAAGUAUUAUCAUCCAGGAGACCAUAUCAUCGGUGGCAUUAUUUCUCAGAUCUACAUCUUUUCAAAUGAAAUAACUUUCAAAAAGUAUCCAUCUCCGGAACUCUCUGCUGAGCACAUCCAUUUCACUGCAAGCUGGAUCUACUUGGCCUCAAUGGAACUUCUCUUCCGACACGGCAGAUUCAUCCCUAACUUCAAGUGUGGUGUCAAGAAUAAUCCAGUGGCAGUCAUUGGGGGACCUAACUCAAAUGUCUGUCUCCACAUGGCAACGAUCCUGUGCGGAUACAAGAUGCCACAACUCAUAUAUGGCUCUGCUCCAGUGAUGAAAAACAAAAGUGAAGCUGUUUUCUUCCACCGGAUGUUUCCAAAUGGGGCCCAACAGUAUAAGGGGAUUCUCCAGUUACUGCUGCAUUUCACAUGGACAUGGAUUGGGGUGAUUACUCAGGAUGAGGAUAAUACAGAGGAAUUUACAGAGAAUGUGCUUCCAAUGUUUUCCCAGAAUGGAAUCUGCUUUGACUUCAUAGAAAGAUCCCCCAAACAAACUGUUUUUAGUGAAAUCAUUGACAUAUUGGAGGAGGGGCAUAAAAUACUCACUAUUGUUUUGAAAAGUACUGCUAAUGUUGUGAUUGUGCAUGGAGAAAUUCACACCAUGGUGACAAUGAGAAUGUUCAACUGGGGCUCGGAGUUUGAGAAUAAACCACUGAAGACACUAGGUAAAGUGUGGCUUAUGACUGCACAGGUUGAUUUCACUUCAUUUCCUUUUCAAAGAGAAUGGGACAUAGGUUUCCUCCAUGGUGCUUUAUCCUUCGGGUUUCACCCGAAAGUUGUGUUUGGAUUUGAGAGAUUUCUUCAGUCCAGAAAUCCUACCUUAGUCAAAGAAGAUGGCUUUAUCCAGGAAUUCUGGGAGCAGGCAUUUGAAUGUUUCUUCCCCAGCUCUGACGUAGACAAGAUCAAUGGUGGAAUAUGCACUGGGAAAGAGAAGCUGGAGACCCUUCCUGGAACUGUUUUUGAAAUGAACAUGACUGGCCAUAGCUAUAGCAUCUACAAUACUGUCUACGCCAUAGCACAUGCUUUGGAUGUCAUGCAUUCAUCUCAGUACAAACCCAGUCACAGAGCAAAAAUGAAUGGAGGGGGUUGGAACCAUAUGAAUCAACAUAAGCUCCAUCACUUUCUGAGAAGUGUCUCAUUUAACAACACUGCUGGGGAAAAGAUUUCCUUUGAUCAAAAUAGGGAAAUAGAAGUGGGAUUUCAUAUUUUCAACUGGAUCAUUUUGCAAAACCAAUCAUUGGUAAGAGUCAAAGUUGGAAGAACAGAUCCAGAGGCUCCCUCAGACAAGCUGCUCACCCUUCUUGAGGACGCCAUUGUGUGGCCAAAGAGAUUUAACCAGGCACGACCCCUAUCUCUUUGUAAUAACAACUGCCGUUCUGGUUACAGGAAGACAAAGCUGGAAGGGAAGCCAUUUUGCUGCUAUGCUUGCCUCCCAUGUCCAGGAGGGAAGAUUUCAAACUGGAAUGACACAGAUGACUGUUUUCAGUGUGCAGAAGAUCAUUAUACAAACAAUAACCAAGAUGGAUGCAUUCCAAAAGUGAUAACCUUCUUAUCCUAUAAAGAACCUCUGGGAACCAUCUUGGCCACUUCUGCCCUUUCCUUUUCUCUCAUCACAGUUUUAAUCCUUGGGGUCUUCAUUAAAAACCAGGACACUCCCAUCGUCAAAGCCAACAACCGGAGCCUCACCUAUACUCUCCUCAUCUCCCUCCUUCUCUCCUUCCUCUGUGCUUUCCUGUUCAUUGGCCGACCAGAAAAGAUGUCAUGCCUCCUUCGACAAAUUGCUUUUGCCAUCCUCUUCUCAUUGGCAGUUUCUUGCCUUUUGGCCAAAACCAUCAUUGUGAUUCUAGCCUUUAUGGCUACUAAACCAGGAUCCAAGAUGAGGAAAUGGAUGGGGAAAAGACUAGUAAUAUCCAUUGUUCUUUCCUGCACCCUCAUUCAAGCAGUUAUUUGUACUGUAUGGCUAACGAUCUCUCCGCCUUUCCCAGAUGCUGACAUGCAGUCAAUGAAUGAAGAAAUUGUCCUGGAAUGUAAUGAAGGUUCGACUCUCAUGUUUUGCUGUGUUCUGGGUUUUAUGGGCUCCCUGGCUAUUUUCAGCUUCACUGUGGCUUUUGUGGCCAGGAAGUUACCUGACAGUUUCAAUGAAGCCAAAUUCAUCACCUUCAGCAUGUUGGUAUUUUGCAGUGUUUGGCUAUCCUUUGUUCCAACCUACCUGAGCACAAGAGGAAAAUAUAUGGUGGCUGUGGAGAUCUUCUCCAUUUUAGCUUCCAGUGUUGGGAUACUAGGUUGCAUCUUUUCCCCCAAAUGUUACAUUAUUAUGUUGAGGCCUGAUCUGAACAAAAAAGAAAAAUUAAUGGGAAGCAAAUAA